UAUUAAGACACGUCAGCAAAAUGAAGCGCAAGUUAGGAAAUUGGCUUUUACUUCUUCCUUGAGAAGUUUCCGACUCGGCCGCUUUAAAACCAACGCCCGACGCUCAUUUCUUCUCUCCAUUUUUUUUUGCUCAUCUUCUUCAACAAUGGCGGAACCAAAGACAAAAGUUGCAGAAAUCAGGGAAUGGAUCAUCGAACAUAAGCUUCGUACCGUUGGUUGCUUAUGGCUAAGUGGUAUCUCUGGUUCAAUUGCUUAUAAUUGGUCUAAACCUGCCAUGAAAACCAGUGUCAGAAUCAUCCACGCUAGAAGUUAUCAGUGGCUUAAGCUAUUGAAGAAUCUGGUUCUUAUCUCCGUGUAAUGGACAUCAAAGUUACUUACCUAUGUGUUCUCAUAUAUUGCAUAAACAAUUACGUUUAAGAACACUAAUGCUUGAGAAAGCAUGAUCUUCAGUUAUGGAUACUCUAAAAUCACUUGUUCGUGUCUUUCUUCAUUUUAGAAUUCUUAUCUUUCAAUCUUUACUAUGAGCUGCUUUGUCUCCCAUUGGUUCUGUAUUGCUAGACAAAUUUAGUGUUAACAACAUCUAGUCUCUUCAAUAUUCUAUCAUAUAUAUGCUUGCUCGUAUGCAGUUUUGUACCUAAAAACAUGUACUUGUGAUGUUUGGUACAUAACAUAAAUGUGACCAUAACAGUUUUAGUUUUUUCAUAGAUUGGUUCUUUACCAUGUUUGGCGUUUGAUCUUUUACACAUUUCUGGAUUGGAUUAUAUUAUUAUGUCAGGUUGCAUGCUCAGGCGCUGACAUUAGCCGCUCUGGCUGGAGCAGCUGCAGUGGAGUACUAUGAUCACAAAUCUGGAGCCACUGAUCGAAUCCCGAAAUUUCUGAAGCCUGAUAACUUAAAUAAGGACUAGAAAUCUCCGUACCAUGGCUCUGCCUAUUCUGUUAUUUGUAGGCAUCUUCGUAUCCAAUGAAGACUUCAUGUUUUGUAAGUUCUUUUGGUAUUUGAAAUGGCUGAUACCUAUUCUGUUAUCUUAGGCAUAUUAUAGCCUUGCAGAUUAUCUGCAACAUUCGGGAUGCGAAAUUGUAAGAGAGAUUCGUACAGAAACUAAAUGAAUAAAUUAUAUGUAUUCGAUUUAUUAAGCAUGGUCAUUUUGUUAUUAGCAUAAAUCCUGAUAAUAUCUAUCUCCUAUCCCAAAACCUGGUCAUUGUGUCCCUUAUUGUAGA